AUGGGGAAAAAAAAAGAGAAAAAAGAUAGAGAAGAUCAUGAGGAAAAAGAACAAAAAAAAAAGCAUCAUCAUAGGUCAAGUAUGAAGAGAAUAAAGAAAAAAUAUAAAAAUGGAAAAAAAUCAAAAAGAGGAAUUGAGGAGAAAAAAUGGAGUAUUUAUGUUAAAAAACAUACGUCAAUGAAGAUGGAUAGAAAAAACAAAAAAAAACAGGAACGAGAGCAUAAAAAGGAAGAAAUGAUGCGUAAAAGUAGUAUAUAUAGGGGAAGGAAUGGUAUUUCUAAGCUUAUAGGAAUUGUAUGUCUUUGUGAAGGAGUAGAACCUUUAAAAGUGGUAGAAAAUCUGAAUAGAUCGAUUGAUAUUGAUACGGAAAAUUUUUUGGGGGUAUCAAGAGUAAUUAAGUAUGAUUUAGAAAGAAAAAAAGAAAGAAUUAAAAGAUUUAGUGUUGAAAGAUUUAAACAAAAGCUUCAAUAUAUCAUUCCUAAGAGGGAAUUUUUAGAUAUUAUUGAUUACAGCAAAAUAAUGGAUUUUGUAAUAUUACUUAUGUCAGCUAAAGAAGAGGUAGAUGUAUUUGGAGAAAUAUGUAUAAGAAGUAUUCAAGCACAAGGUAUUUCGAAUGUUAUACCUAUAGUUCAGGAUUUGGAAGAUUUAAAUUCAAUGAAAAAGAAAUCAGAUGUAAAAAAGUCAAUAUUAAGUUUUAUAAAGCAUUUUUUUCCAGAAGAAGAGAAAAUAUAUAGUAUUGAUACAUUACAAGAAGCAUUGAAUGUUGUAAGAAUGAUAUGUGUUCAAAUACCAUCAGGAAUACAAUGGAGGGAUGAUAGAUCAUAUAUUUUAGGGGAGAAAGUAGAAUGGAAAGAUAUAAAUGAUAGUAAAAAGGGAAUUUUAAUUGUUAAGGGUAUUGUGAGAAGCAAACCUUUGAAUAUAGAUCGUUUAGUUUGUAUACCUGGAUGGGGUGAUUAUCAAAUUGAGCGAAUUAUUGUUGUUAAUUCAAAUGAGAUGAAUGAUAAGGAAAAAUAUAAUUCAAUGGUAGAAGAUAAUGAAGAAACAGUUAUUUAUCCUACGGAAAAUCAAGAUUCAUUAGAAGAAUUGGCACCAAUUGUAGAAGAUAUGGAAGAUAUGAAUAAUCAUGUAGAUCAGGAAAAAAAGAAACAAAAAAGUGUGCAUAUUGAUGAUUAUUAUUACAUUUCUGAUGAUUCUGAUACAAUAAAAAGGCCACGUCGUUUACCUUCAGGAACAUCUGAUUAUCAAGCAGCAUGGAUUCUUGAUAGCAAUUCUGAUGAUAGUGAAAAUGGUUCAAAUAUGGAUGUUGAUAAUUCCUCUUUAGAUGAGAAUAGUGAUUUAGAGAGUGUUGAAUAUAAAGAUGAGGAAGAGGAGUCAAUUGAUGACCAAAUGGAUGAUGAUCAAAGCAAAAUGUCAAUAGAAUUAUUACCAGAGGAUGAAAAAUUAAUUCAUAAAAGUAUUAGGGAUAGACAAAAGGAAAGAGAGGAAGAUCGUGAAUUUCCUGAUGAAGUUGUUGUUUCACCAGAUAUAUCACUUAAAAAAAGAUUUAAAAAAUACAGAGGAUUAAAGAAUUUCAGAACAAGUCCAUGGGAUCCUAAUGAGAACGAUUCUAAUACACCUUAUUAUUGGAAACGUAUAUAUAAAUUUAGUAAUUAUAAAACAACAAAAAAAAGACCAGGGACAUGUGUAAUUAUAGAAAUUAGGAAUUGCGAGAAAGAGAUGUUUUCUACAUAUUCUUCUACAUCACCUUUUAUUAUUUUUUCACUUUUACAGUAUGAACAUUUCUUAACUUCUUCAAAUUUCCUUAUAACACAAAAUACGGAAUAUGAAUUGCCGGUUAAAUCUAAGGAUGAGCUUAUUUUACAAUAUGGUCCUCGUAGAAUUCUUGUUAAACCACUUUUUUCUCAAUCUUCUAAUACAAGAAGUGUAAAUAACGUACAUAAAUUUGAAAGAUAUUUACAGAAAGGAAAAUCUUCUAUUGCAUCUGUAGUAUGUCCUAUUUUUUUUGGAAAUAUUCCUAUAUUACUCUUAAAAAAUACAUCAUCAGGUUUUUCUUUGGUAGCAACAGGAUCAUUUCUUAAUUCAGAUCAUUCAAGAAUUAUAUCAAAAAGAGUGAUCUUAACUGGUUAUCCUUUUAAAAUUUACAAAAAAAUUGUAAUUGUUAGAUAUAUGUUUUUUAAUCCUGAUGAUGUAGAAUGGUUUAAACCCAUACAAUUAUUUACAAAAUAUGGAAGAGUAGGAUAUAUUAAAGAAAGUUUAGGUACUCAUGGAUAUUUUAAAGCAAUAUUUGAUCGUAGAAUUAAUCAACAAGAUACUGUUGCUAUGAACUUAUAUAAAAGAGUUUAUCCAUCUCUUGGAAAAAUAUGGAGACCUCAAUUAUAA